AGUGAAGGAGAGAACAGUUUUCCUUUUCUUAGUUUUUCCUUUGCCUCUGAGAAAGCUUGAGAAGAAAGAAGAAACCCUUUUGAUGAGGAAGGAGGUUAGCUAAACAACAACGGACAAACACAAAAUAGAAGGUUGUAUUUAUUUUUAGUGUCUUUUUUGAUUGAAUUGGUAGCACGUGGCAGCAGGCUCUGCCACAGGACCCUGGAGAGUGAGGUCAUUUAGUGAUUUAUUCUUCUUUGGCAUAGCUGUUCCUGUUUACUUAGACGCUGCAAGACUAAGGAAGCACAAUGGUUGCUGGAAUGGUUAUGCCUCUUGACAACCUGAAGGCCAUCUACGAGCAUCUGUUUCGGGAUGGCGUCAUGGUGGCCAAGAAAGACAAGCGUCCUCAGACCAUGCACCCUGAGAUUCCUGGUGUGGAAAACCUGCAUGUGAUAAGAGCCAUGGGCUCACUGAAGUCCAGGGGAUAUGUAAAGGAGACCUUUGCAUGGAAGCAUUUCUACUGGUACCUUACUAAUGCAGGAAUUGUUUACUUGCGUGAUUACCUACAUUUGCCUCCAGAGAUUGUGCCCACUCCUUUACAGAGAGUACGACGGCCAGCUGCCACUCUGGCCAUCGCUCGCAGGGCGGAACGGGUUCAAUCUGUUCAGGGUCCAACUUCUUAUGUUCCCAAACCCGGCAAGAUGGGUGCAGAGGCUUUGAUGGAUCGACAGGGGUACCGUCGCAAAACGACAAGUGUGGAUGAACCUGAAAUUACUGAAUCCAAUGACAGAACACCAAGAUUUAGAGGUCGUCCAAUGGCUAGCAGUCAGAUCAAACCCAGAGGAUCAUGGGAAUCCAGAGAGCAGCCCAUGCUUUCUGAAACUCGUGAUUACACCAAAGAGAUGGAACCAAGUGUUAGGAGGAAGGUUGCUAUGUAUUCAGUCUCUCAUAUUCCUUCAAUUGAAACUCGCCAUGCUAAGCCAGUUGAACAGGAAAAGAUGGUGGAACUCAGGGAAUGCACAAAGGCAGCAUUCGUUCAGAAACCACAAAAGGUUGAUGUGAGCCCAGAUGUGUCAACCAUUUCGUCAACACUGGGGGCAACAGCAGUGGAAUCCAAAAGCCAAAAGAAGCCAAAAGAAGUGCCUAUCAAGGUCUCUCAUGAAACAACAUCCACAGCAACUGACGAUGGCAAAACAGUUAGGGAUGCUCAUCAUCCUACUCCCUCAAAACCGAAGGUGGAGAAAACACAGAAAACCCUUGUGACGAAAAAUAUGCAGGAUGUGCCAAUUGUUUCAUCAGCAGAGGGAACAAUUGCAGUGGAAUCCUCUGUGUUUUCUGUCCAUACUGAAGCAGUCAAAGAAAAGCCCAAGGAAGAAGUGUUUAUGGAGGUCUCCCAGCAAACUACAUCCACUGUAAUAGGUGAUAGCAAAACAGCUAUGGAUGUUCCUCGACAUACUCCCUCAAAACCCAAGUUGGAGAAAACACAGAAAACUAUUGUGGAAAAAAGUGUGCUGGAUGUUUCAAAAGUUUCAUCAACAGUGGGUGCAACAGCAGAUAAAUCAUCUGUGUCUUCUGUCCAAACUGAAGCAGCUAAAGAAAAGCCAGUGGAAGAGGUGUUUAUUAAGGUCUCUAAGAAAACCACAUCCACAGUAGCAGAUAGUAGCAAAAAGGCUAAAGAUGCUCUUCAUCCUAUUACCUCAGAACUGAAGGUGGAGAAAACACAGCAAACCCCGGUGACAAAAAAUGUACAAGAUGUACAAACUGUUUCAUCAGCAGUGAAGACAACUGUAGUAAAGACCUCUAUGUUUUCAGGUACUACUGAAACAGUCAAAGAAAUACCAAAGGUAGACAUCUGUGCCAAUGUCUCACAGGAAACCACAUUCAAAGGUGAUAUCAAAAUCGACAAGGAUGCUUCUUGUCCUACUCUCUCAAAACCGAAGGUGGAGAAAUCACAGAAAACCCUUGUGACCAAAAAUGUGCAGGAUAUGCCAGCUGUUUCAUCCACAGUUGAGGCAACAGCAGUAAAAUCUGCCACGUUUUCUCUCUCUACCGAAGUAGUCAAAGAAGUGCCCAAGGAAGAAGUGUUUAUCAAGGUCCCUCAAGAAAUAACAUCCACAGGUGAUGGAAAAAUGGAUAAGGAUGCACCACAUCCAACUCCAUCAAAACCAAAAGUGGAAAAAAUGCCGAAAACCACAAAGACCAAAAAUGUGCAGGAUAUACCAAUUGUUUCGUCAGUCGGGACGGUUGCGGCAACAGCAGUGGAAUCAUCCAUUGUUUCUGUUUCUGUCGAAGCAGUCAAAGAAAAGCCCAAAGAAGAGGAAUUUAUAAAGGUCUCCCAAGAAACCACCUUCACAGUAACUGACGAUAGAAAAAUGACUAAGGAUGCUCCUUGUCCUACUCUCUCAAAACCGAAGGUGGACAAAACAGAGAAAACCUUUGUGACCAAAAAUGUGCAGGAUGGAACAACUGUUUCAACAGCAGUCGAGACAAUUACAGUGAAAUCCUCUGUGUCUUUGGUUUCUAAUGAAACACCAAAAGAAAAGCCCAAGGAAGAACUAUUUGUCAGUGUCUCUCAAGAUGCCACAUCCAAAGUUGAUAGCAAAGAGGAUAAGGAUGCUCCACAUCAUACUCCAAUACCAGAACAAGAGAAAAAGCAGAAAAAAACAAAGACCAGAAAUGUUCAGGAUAAACCAACCAUUUCGUCAACAACAGUAUUUUCUGUCUCUGAUAAAGCAGUCAAAGAAGAGCCCAAAGAAGAGGUCCCUCAAGAAACCACAGUAACUGAUGAUAGCAAAAUGGCUAAGGAUGCUCUAUCAAAAUCAAAAGUGGAGAAAACAAAAAAAUCUAAAAAGACCAAAAAUGUGCAGGAUAUACCAACCAUUUUGUCAACAGUGGAGGCAACAGCAGUGGAAUCCUCCGUAGUUUCUGUCUGUACUGAAGCAGUCAACAAAGAUUCCAAGAAAGAAGUGUGCAUUAAUAUUUCUCAAGAAACCACAUCCACACGUGGUAACAAAAUGGAUAAGGAUGCUCCUUGUCCUACUCCAUCAAAACCAGAAGUGGAGAAAAUGCAGAAAACCACAAGGACCAAAAUUGUGCAAGAACAACCAAUCAAGAAUGAAACAGCAGAUGAGAUAUCAAUUGCACCACAUCAUGUGCCUGCUGCUAAUGCAGAUGAGGUGAAGCCAAAUACCUCUGUUAGCUCCCAGGUGCCUGUCAAAUCUCUAGAAUCAGCAAUGCCAUUUCCGCCUAUGAAAGAAGAAAAUUUGGCGAUACAAAUUGCUGAAAAGAAAUCAGAGAUUAAUCUCCCACUGCAUACUAUUGAGCUCUCUUUAGAGGAGAGUGUUAGUAAGUCAGCCAUCACAGCAGUGCCGCCCACAGCAUCUAGUAUUGUUCAAAUGACUGACAAACAACAGAGAAUACUUGGUUCCCAAAAAACAAAGCAAGCACAAGAAGCAUCUAAAGAUCACAACACUUGUCCUUUAAAAGUUCAUGAAAAGGAGGAGAUUCCUUAUGCCAUAUCUACUGCUGAGGUCAAGGCAGAGGCUAAAGGUAACAAGCCUGAUCUCAGCCCUAAAUCUGCAGGUGCUGAAGUGAAGAUUACCACAGCUGACUCCAGCAAGACUUCAGAAGUAGUUGUGCAAACUUUGAAAUCUAACAUAGAGACACCAAAACAAAUCGAUUCUGUUCAACAAAAAUCAUCACCAGCAAAACAGUCUGAGGAACCUGUAGUCACAGAAGAGGCCAAAGUUGCAAAAGACAUGGAUGUAGAGGAUGCCUCAAAGCCUUCAAAAGCAAAGAAGAAAAAGCAGAAAUCUACAAACAAAUCUUCUGCUGUAAAGCAGGUCCCUCCACUUAUAGCUGAGACAAAAGUGACAGAGGUAAAGACAACAGCCCAGAAUGCAGGUCAGGUUGACCUCCUUAAGGUUGAGGGCCCCGAGCAAGUUGCAACAAAUGACUCUGCAAAGACAUCCCCAGAAGGAAUGCACACUGUGGAGAGCGUGCAGCCAACAGCUGUACAGAAUGAGGCCCCUGCUCACAAAGGGGAGGUGGAGCCUGCUCAGCCCUUGGCUGAAAAACGGGAGGUUCUGAAAGGAAAAACAUCCUCCUCACAGAGACAGUGGGAAGCACCGGCAGCCUCAGCGUCAGCAGCAGCAGCCUCGGCCCAGCUCACCCCCCUCCCUGAGCAGGGGGAACCUCCCAGCAUUGCACAACACACGGCUGAUCCUGAUACACAGCAGAGCACAGAGAAGCAGAACAGGCUCUCGGAUAGCAAGGCCCCUUCACAACCUGUAAUCACUGGACCCCUUCCUGCCAACGAGAUUACCUGCGACGUGCAAAAUCAGUCCACAGACGACGCCAUGCGGAAGAAGAUAGUUGUGGUAGAGGAAGUGAUUGAAGUGCAACAGAUUACCAGUCCUGUUGCUGGCCAACCUACUACAUCCCCACUGCCAGAGAUUGAAGGAGAUGAUUUGGACUAUGAUGUGUUGGAAGAACUGGCUAUAGAGCGUGGCCUCCUGCAGGAUCCUGCUGAAGAGACUAGUUGGGAUCAUUCUCUGCAAGAGCCAGAGGGCAAAACCUUCCCCAACUUCAUAGAAGAUGAACGGGACAGAGUGCAGAAGAAGACUUUCACAAAAUGGGUGAACAAACACUUGAUAAAGCACCGGAGAGCUGAGACUCAGCGUCAUGUGAAUGACCUGUAUGAAGAUCUCCGAGAUGGACAUAACCUGAUCUCCCUUCUGGAGGUCCUCUCCGGGGAGACGCUGACGAGGGAGAGGGACGUUGUGCGGAGCGUACGGUUGCCGCGUGAGAGAGGACGCAUGCGAUUCCACAAACUGCAGAAUGUGCAGAUAGCACUGGAUUUCCUCAGACGCCGACAGGUCAAGCUGGUGAAUAUCAGGAAUGACGAUAUUGCCGACGGAAACCCAAAGCUUACACUGGGUCUCAUAUGGACCAUCAUCCUCCACUUCCAGAUUUCAGAUAUCCAGGUGAACGGUCAGUCAGAUGAUAUGUCAGCGAAGGAAAAGCUGCUCCUCUGGUCUCAGCGUAUGGUGGACGGUUACCACGGUAUCCGCUGCGAUAACUUCACCACUAGCUGGAGGGACGGAAAACUCUUCAACGCUGUUAUACACAAACAUGAGCCCAGGCUUAUCGACAUGUCCAGAGUGUACCACCAAUCCAACCUGGAGAACCUGGAACAGGCAUUUUCAGUGGCAGAGCAACAACUUGGGGUCACAAGACUGCUUGACCCAGAAGAUGUGGAUGUACCUCAUCCUGAUGAGAAGUCCAUAAUCACCUAUGUGUCCUCCCUUUACGACGCUAUGCCACGAGUUCCAGACGUCCAGGACGGCGUCAAAGUCAAUGAGCUGGAGCUGCGCUGGCAGGAAUACUAUGAGCUGAUCACCAUUCUAAUCCAGUGGAUCAGACAUCACAUACUCAUCUUUGAGGAGAGGAAGUUUCCCGGCAGCUAUGAGGAGAUUGAGAUUCUGUGGCGUGAGUUUCUGAAAUUUAAAGAAACCGAGCUGCCCGCCAAAGAGUCAGACAAGAGCCGCUCCAAACACCUCUACCAGUCCUUUGAGAGUGCGGUUCAAGCUGGUCAGGUUAAGGUUCCUCCUGGUUACCACCCCAUUGAUGUUGAGAAGGAAUGGGGGCGUCUUCACGUGGCCAUUCUGGAGAGGGAGAGACUGCUCAGAAUCGAGUUUGAGAGGUUAGAGCGUCUCCAACAGAUUGUCAAAAAAGUGCAGAUGGAAUCAGGCAUGUGUGAGGAACAAAUCAACCAGACCGAGUCUCUACUGCAGACGGAUAUCCGUCUCCUGAAUGCGGGGAAACAACCGCAGCACACGGUAGAGGUGGAGAGAGAUUUGGACAAAGCCGAUGGCAUGAUCCGUCUCCUCUUUAACGAUGUACAGCUUCUCAAAGAUGGGCGCCACCUGCAGGCGGAGCAGAUGUAUCGCAGAGUCUACCGCUUACAUGAACGCUUGGUGAACUUACGCAGUGACUACAAUCUAAGGCUCAAGUCCAGUGUCAGCACUGCUUCUCGCGUCACCUUCUCUCAAGUUUCCCAGAAGACUGCGCAACGCGCGCGACCCGAGCUCGACGAGGUCACUCUCCACUACGCACAGGACCUGUUAGCCUGGGUGGAGGAGAACCAGCGCAGGAUCGAUUCUGCCGAGUGGGGCAUUGAUCUUCCGUCUGUGGAAUCUCAGCUGGGCAGCCACAGAGGUCUUCACCAAACCAUCGAGGACUUCAAGGCUAAGAUCGAGCGAGCACGUGCAGAUGAGAGCCAACUCUCACCUGUGAGUAAAGGCACAUACAGAGAAUAUCUGGGCAAACUGGAUCUGCAGUACAACAAACUGCUGAACUCCUCCAAGUCCCGCAUGAGACAUCUUGACCAGCUAUAUAACUUUGUCAGCGCUGCCACCAAGGAACUGAUGUGGCUUAAUGACAAAGAGGAAGAGGAGAUUAAUUACGACUGGAGUGAGCGCAACACCAACAUGGGUGCUAAGAAAGAGAACUACUCAGGACUCAUGCGAGAACUGGAACUUAGGGAGAAGAAGGUCAAUGACAUCAAGGCCACUGGAGACAGACUCAUUAACGACGGCCAUCCAGGCAAGAAGACUGUUGAGGCCUUCACCGCAGCUCUGCAGACCCAGUGGAGCUGGAUCCUUCAAGUAUGCUGUUGCAUUGAAACUCAUCUCAAAGAGAACACUGCAUACUUCCAGUUCUUUGCUGAUGUGAGAGAUGCUCAGGAGAGGAUGAAGAAGAUGCAGGAGACCAUGAAGAAGAAGUACAUGUGUGAUCGCACCACCACUGCCACUCGUUUGGAGGAUUUACUCCAAGACGCUGUUGAGGAAAGAGAGCAGCUGAACGAGUUUAAGACUGACAUCGCCAGCCUGAACAAGAGAGCCAAAUCGGUCAUCCAGCUGAAGCCGCGAGACCCCACCACCCCCUUCAGAGGCAAACUGCCCAUCCAGUCCGUGUGUGACUUCAAACAGAUGGAGAUCACGAUGCACAAGGGCGACGAGUGCGCACUCGUCAAUAACUCCCAGCCCUUCCAGUGGAAGGUUCUGCACCGCUCGGGCAACGAGGCCGUCGUACCUUCUGUCUGCUUCCUGGUGCCGCCCGUCAACAAGGAGGCUGUCGAGAGUGUGUCCAGUCUGGAGGCUGGUCACCAGCAGACUCUGGUUCUGUGGCAGAAACUGCACGCUGACCUCAGGAGUCUGCUGUCCUGGCAAUACCUGAUGAAAGACAUUCAUCUCAUCCGCUCAUGGAACAUCUCUAUGUUCAAGACGAUGAAGUCAGACGAGUACCAGCUGAUUUUGAGGAACCUUCAACUGCACUAUCAGGACUUUCUCAAAGACAGCCGAGACUCGAAGCUUUUCGAUUCAAAUGAAAACAUGCAGAUCGAAAGGGACUAUAAGGAGACAACACAGCAUUUCGACAACCUGCUCCGCACCCUGGAGAAAGGAGCAGGUGUCAGAGCACAGGGCGAGCAGGAUGAAUCCAUAUGCAAGUCGUACAUCACCCAAAUCAAAAACCUGCGCGUGCAGAUCGAAGAUUGCGAGUCUCGCACAGUGGCCCGUAUCCGACAGCCUGCGGGUAAAGAUCCGCUCAUAGACUGCAGUCAGAAGAGUGCGGAACAGAAGAAAGUGCAUGCGGAGUUGGAAGGCAUUAAGAAGAACCUGGAUAAAGUGUCUCAGAAAGCUGAGGAGGUUCUGGCCUCCCCGGAGCAGUCCAGCACUCCCGUCCUGCGCUCAGAGCUGGCUGUCACCCUGCAGAAGAUGGACCAAACCUACAACCUGUCCUCAGUGUACCUGGAGAAACUCAAGACAAUAGAAAUUGUGAUCCAGAACACAAAAGGGGCAGAAGAUGUCGUGAAGAAAUAUGAGAACCGCCUGCGUGAGGUUCACACGGUUCCUUCAAACAUCCAGGAGGUGGAGAACUACUGUUCUGAGCUCAAGAAAAUGCGUGUGGAGGCAGAAACCCAGCGGCCUGUGUUUGAUGAUAUGGAGGGUGAGCUGGCCAAGGCCACAUCGGUCAGCCAGCGCAUGCUUCAGGUUUACACUGAACGGGACACUGAGCUAGAACACUACAGACAGCUCCUGAGCAGCCUGCAGGACCGCUGGCGCGCCGUCUUCGCCCAGAUCGACCUGCGUCAUCGCGAGCUGGAGCAGCUUGGCCGGCAGCAGGGCUACUACAGGGAGAGCUACGACUGGCUCAUCCGCUGGAUCGCAGAUGCCAAACAGCGGCAGGAGAAGAUCCAGGCAGUGCCCAUAAUUGACAGCAAGACACUAAAAGAACAACUGGCACAGGAGAAGAAACUUCUUGAAGAGAUUGAGAAAAACAAAGAGAAAGUUGAUGAGUGUCAGAAAUAUGCCAAAGCUUACAUUGAUACAAUUAAGGAUUAUGAACUACAGUUGGUUGCCUACAAAGCUCAGGUAGAACCUCUGACUUCUCCUUUGAAGAAAACCAAGAUGGACUCUGCCUCUGAUAACAUAAUUCAAGAGUAUGUAACUCUGAGAACUCGCUAUAGUGAACUGAUGACGCUUACCAGUCAGUACAUCAAGUUCAUCACAGACUCACAGCGGCGCUUGGAGGACGAGGAGAAAGCUGCUGAGAAACUUAAAGCAGAAGAGAGGAAAAAAAUGGCUGAAAUGCAGGCAGAGUUAGACAAACAGAAGCAGCUAGCUGAAGCUCAUGCCAAGGCCAUUGCCAAAGCGGAGAAAGAGGCACAGGAGCUCAAGCUCAUGAUGCAAGAGGAGGUUAGCAAAAGAGAGAUUGUUGCUGUGGAUGCUGAAAGGCAAAAGCAGAACAUCCAGCUGGAGCUGCAUGAGCUCAAAAACCUCUCCGAACAACAGAUCAAAUCAAAGAGUCAACAAGUGGAGGAGGCUCUGCAAAGCCGAACCAAAAUAGAAGAAGAGAUCCGCAUCAUAAGACUUCAGUUGGAAACUACACUAAAGCAGAAGUCCACUGCAGAGGAUGAGGUGAGGCAGCUUCGAGACAAGGCUGCAGAGGCGGAGAGACUUCGCAAAGUUGCUCAGGAGGAGGCUGAGAAACUUCGCAAACAGGUUAAUGAGGAGACCCAGAAGAAGCGAAUGGCGGAGGAAGAGUUAAAGCUGAAGUCUGAAGCAGAGAAAGAGGCUGCCAGGCAGAAGCAGAAAGCCUUAGAUGACCUUGAGAAGCUCAAGAUGCAGGCUGAGGAGGCAGAGAGACACAUGAAGCAGGCUGAGAUUGAGAAAGACCGACAAAUUAAGCUCGCUCAAGAGGUAGCUCAGAAAAGUGCCACUGCUGAGCUGCAGAGCAAGCGCAUGUCCUUCGUCGAGAAGACAUCCAAGCUCGAGGAGUCACUCCGCGAAAAGCACGGUACUGUCAUUCAACUGCAGGAGGAAGCAGAACGCCUCAAAAAGCAACAGGAAGAGGCAGACAAGGCAAGGGAGGAGGCUGAGAAAGAGCUUGAAAAAUGGAGGCAAAAAGCCAAUGAAGCCCUUCGUCUAAGGCUCCAGGCAGAGGAAGAGGCCCACAAAAAGACUCUAGCACAGGAAGAGGCUGAAAAACAGAAAGAUGAUGCUGAGCGGGAGGCCAAAAAACGUGCCAAAGCUGAAGAGUCUGCCCUGAAACAGAAAGACAUGGCUGAGCAAGAACUUGAGCGGCAGAGGAAGCUUGCAGAGAGCACAGCACAGCAGAAGCUUUCAGCAGAGCAUGAGUUGAUCCGCUUGAGAGCUGAUUUUGAUCAUGCUGAACAACAAAGAUCUCUGCUUGAUGAUGAACUGUACCGUCUUAAGAAUGAGGUCAGUGCUGCAGAGCAGCAGCGGAAGCAGCUUGAAGAUGAGCUUUCCACAGUUAGAAGUGAAAUGGACAUACUUUUGCAGCUGAAGUCUAAGGCUGAAAAGGAUAGCAUGUCUACCACUGAAAAGAGUAAACAACUCUUGGAAGCUGAAGCUGCUAAACUGAGGGAUCUUGCAGAUGAAGCAGCCAAGCUCCGUGCCAUUGCUGAAGAGGCAAAGAGGCAGAGGCAAGUGGCUGAGGAGGAAGCUGCAAGGCAGAGAGCAGAAGCAGAGAGAAUUCUCAAAGAGAAACUUACUGCCAUUAAUGAGGCCACUCGCUUGAAAACUGAGGCAGAGAUAGCUCUUAAAGAAAAGGAGGCUGAAAAUGAACGCCUGAGAAGGAAUGCUGAGCUUGAGGCUUACCAGAGAAAAGCUCUUGAAGAUCAGGCAAGCCAGCACAAGCAAGACAUUGAGCAGAAGAUCGACAAGCUAAAGAAAUCCUCUGAAAUGGAAUUGGAAAGACAGAAAACAAUUGUGGAUGAAACACUUAAACAGAAAAGAAUAGUUGAAGAGGAGAUUCGUAUCUUGAAACUUAACUUUGAGAAGGCUUCAUCUGGCAAGCUUGAUUUGGAGCUUGAACUGAAUAAGCUGAAGAAUAUUGCUGAGGAAACACAACAAAGCAAACUACAAGCUGAGGAGGAGGCAGAGAAGCUACGUAAGCUUGCCCUUGAAGAAGAAAAAAGAAGAAGGGAGGCUGAAGAAAAACUGAAAAAGAUAACUGCCGCAGAACAGGAAGCAGCUCGACAGCGCCAAGCUGCCCAAGAAGAAGUGGAGCGUCUCAAAAAGAAAGCAGAUGAGGCCAGAAAGCAGAAAGAAGAUGCUGAUAAAGAAGCUGAGAGGCAAAUACAUGCUGCCAGAGAUGCUGCUGAGAAAGCAAUUACAGCUGAACAGCAAAUCCAAAGUGUUCUUGUUCAGCAGAAAGAGGACAGCCUGGUACAGAAAAGGCUCAGGGAGGAGUUUGAGAAAGCUAAAAAGCUUGCCCAAGAAGCAGAAAAGGCCAAAGAAAAGGCAGAGAGAGAGGCUGCCCUCCUCCGCCAACAAGCAGAAGAUGCAGAGCGUCAGCGUCAGGCUGCCGAGGUUGAAGCAGCCAAUCAGGCCAAAGCCCAAGAAGACGCUGAGAGGCUCAGAAAAGAGGCAGAGCUAGAGGCUGAGAAGCGAGCCCAGGCUGAGACAGCAGCACUGAAACAAAAACAGCUAGCUGAUGAGGAGAUGGUUAGGCACAAGAAACUUGCAGAACAGACACUUAAGCAGAAAUCUCAGGUUGAGCAAGAGCUCACUAAAGUGAAACUGCGGUUGGAUGAGACAGACAAACAGAAGACUCUCCUGGAUGAUGAGCUUCAUCGCCUGAAGGAUGAGGUUGGUGAUGCUGUUAAACAGAAAGCCCAGGUAGAAGAGGAACUGUUCAAAGUCAAGAUUCAAAUGGAAGAGCUCAUCAAACUUAAGCUUAGAAUUGAAGAGGAGAAUCAGCGUCUCAUCCAGAAGGACAAAGAUAAUACUCAACAAUUCUUGGCUGAAGAGGCUGAGAACAUGAAAAAGCUUGCUGAGGAGGCUGCCAGGCUCAGCAUUGAGGCCCAGGAGGCUGCUCGCAUGAGACAUCUUGCAGAGGCUGACCUUGCAGAGCAAAGAGCACUUGCUGAAAAGAUGCUUAAAGAAAAGAUGCAAGCCAUUCAGGAGGCGUCUAAACUUAGAGCAGAAGCAGAAAUGCUACAGAGACAGAAAGACCUUGCUCAAGAGCAAGCCCAAAAGCUGCUUGAAGACAAACAAAUGAUGCAGCAACGGCUUGAGGAGGAAACUGAGGGCUUCCAAAAAUCAUUGGAGGCUGAACGCAGGAGACAGUUGGAGAUAGCAGCUGAGGCAGAGAAACUUAGACUUCAGGUUUCCCAGCUCAGUGAUGCACAGUCUAAAGCUGAGAAGGAAGCCAAGAAAUUCAAGAAGCAGGCAGAUGAGAUUAGUGCCCGACUUCAUCAGACCGAGCUUGCCACCAAAGAAAAAUUGACAGUUUUUGAAAAAUUGGAAAUACAGAGAUUGAGCAGUAACAAAGAAGCAGAUGACUUGCGCAAAGCCAUUGCUGAUCUUGAGAAUGAGAAGGCAAAAUUGAAAAAAGAGGCUGAAGAGUUACAGAAAAAGUCCAAAGAGAUGGCAAAUGCUCAGCAAGAACAAAUUAAACAGGAGAAAACUAUUCUCCAGCAGACAUUUAUGUCAGAAAAGGAGAUGCUGUUGAAGAAGGAAAAACAAAUUGAGGAUGAAAGGAAGAGGUUAGAGAGCCAAUUUGAAGAAGAGGUCAAAAAGUCAAAAGCCCUAAAAGAUGAACAAGAACGUCAAAGAAAACAAAUGGAGGACGAAAAGAUGAAACUUAAGGCCACUAUGGAUGCUGCUCUGAUGAAACAGAAAGAGGCUGAAAAAGAAAUGCUCAACAAGCAGAAAGAAAUGCAAGAACUUGAGAGGAAAAAGUUUGAACAAGAAAGGAUGCUUGCUGAGGAAAACCAGCAACUGCGUGAGAAACUUCAGCAGCUCGAGGUUGCUCAAAAACUCACCCAGGAGAUUCACAUCCAGACAGAAUACAAAAAAGUCCUCAAUGGUCAAAGUAUUUCUGAUGAAGUUGACAGCACACAUGGUUUCCCUGCAUUAUCUUUCGAUGGCAUUCGUGAGAAAGUGCCUGCAAGUAGACUUUUUGACAUAGGACUUUUAAGCAAAAUGGAUUAUGAUAAGCUCCAGAGUGGUGACACCACAAUCCAAGAACUCAGCAAGACAGACAAACUUAAAACAGUUCUUAAGGGCAAGAACUGCAUUGGUGGCCUGCUUGUUCAUCCAAAUCAAAAAUUGCCCAUCUAUCAAGCCAUCAAGGAAAAAAAGAUUGCUCCUGGGACAGGGCUAGUCCUGCUGGAGGCACAGGCUGCUUCUGGAUACAUAAUUGACCCAGUUAAAAACAAGAAACUCUCUGUCAAUGAGGCAGUUAAAGAGGGUCUAAUUGGACCUGAACUUCACAACAAGAUGCUGUCUGCAGAGAGAGCUGUCACUGGUUACAAGGAUCCAUACACAGAGGCAAAGAUCUCCCUCUUUGAAGCUAUGAAGAAGGGUCUCAUUGGAGAGGAUCAUGCCAUCAGAUUGCUUGAGGCUCAGAUAGCAACAGGUGGCAUUAUUGAUCCAGUCAACAGUCAUCGUGUGCCAACUGAAAUAGCCUAUAAACAGGGUCAGUUUGAUGCAGCCACCAACAAAAUCCUGCAAAAUCCAACAGAUGAUGUGAAGGGAUUCUAUGAUCCAAACACCCAAGAAAAUCUGACUUACUGCCAGCUAAUAGAAAGGUGUGUCGCUGAUCCAGAAACAGGACUGCUUCUUUUGCCCAUUUCUGAGGAGGCUGCUCUAAAUGCCAGGAUAUUCACAGAUGAGGAAACAAGGGAUGUCUUUGACAAGACAACUGUGUCUGUGCCAUUUGGCAGGUUCAAAGGAAAGACUGUGACCAUCUGGGAGAUUAUAAACUCUGAGUACUUCACCGAGGACCAGAAAAAAGAUCUUAUCCGUCAAUACAAAACUGGAAAAAUCACAGUUGAAAAGAUCAUCAAAAUUGUUCUAACUGUGGCAGAGGAAAAAGAGAAAAAGAAUGAGCUUGCCUUUGAUGGCCUGAGAGCACCUGUACCUGCGACAAAACUCCUUGAAUCCAAAAUUAUUGACAAAGACCUCUAUAACAAGUUGCAGAAAGGACAACUGCUGGUAAAAGAUGUGUCUGAGAUGGAGCAUGUGCGCAAUGCCUUGAAAGGCACUAACUGCAUUGCAGGAGUAAUUAUUGACUCAACCAAACAAACAAUGUCCUUUUAUGAUGCCAUGAAAAGGGACAUGAUGAGACCUGGGCCUGCUCUUAAUCUCUUGGAAGCACAAGCUGCUACAGGAUAUGUCGUAGAUCCUGUUAAAAACCAAAAACUUACAGUAGACGAGGCUGUCAAAGCAGGUGUUGUCGGUCCAGAGCUUCAUGAAAAACUACUGUCUGCAGAGAGAGCUGUCACAGGCUACAAAGAUCCUUACACUGGAAAAACAAUUUCUUUGUUUGAGGCUAUGAACAAAGAUCUGAUCAUGAAGGAACAGGGAAUUCGGCUGCUUGAUGCACAACUGGCAACCGGAGGCAUCAUUGAUCCUGUUCAAAGUCACCGUAUUCCACAUGACAUUGCAUGCAUGAAGGGCAGUUUUGAUGAUGCAACCCACAAGAUUUUGACCAACCCAACUGAUGACGUUAAGGGAUACUUUGACCCAAACACUCAGGAAUAUGUCACUUAUACGCAACUUCAUAAAAGAUGUGUCACUGACAAAAAGACUGGCUUUCAGCUUCUUCCUUUGUCUGAGCAUGCCAUCAAUGCCAAGGAGGAGUUGAAGUUUACUGAUGCCCAGACCAAAGACGCAAUGACUCAGGCAACUGUUGAAGUUCAGAGUGGACCUUUUAAAGGGAGAAAAGUUACCAUAUGGGAGCUCAUUAACUCUGACUAUCUCACUGAGGAGCAAAGACUUGACUUAAUAAGGCAAUACAGAUCUGGGAAAAUGACAAUUGAGAAGAUUACAAAGAUUUUAUUUGUAAUUGUCACUGAGAAAGAUGCCAAGAAACAAGAAGAGGGCUACUUUAAGGGACUUAGGGCACCAGUUCCAGCCAAGUCAUUAUUUGACUCCAAAAUCAUUGACAAGUCUACCUAUGAUUUGCUGGAACAAGGUAAAAAGACUCCAAAAGAGGUCAGCAAAAACUCUUCAGUCAACAAGUAUCUCCAAGGCUCUGAGAGCAUUGCUGGAGUUUACCUUGAGCCUACAAAAGAGAAAGUCAGCAUCUACCAAGCAAUGAGAAAGAAAUUCCUCAGACAAAACACAGGUAUUGCCUUGCUUGAAGCUCAAGCUGCCACAGGAUUCAUUGUGGAUCCAUCAAGAAAUGAAUGUCUCACUGUGGAUGAUGCAGUUAAAGCCGGACUUGUUGGUCCAGAGCUUCAUGAGAAACUUCUCUCUGCUGAAAAAGCUGUCACUGGAUACAAAGACCCAUUUACAGGCAAUAAGAUCUCCCUAUAUCAAGCCAUGGAGAAAGACCUUAUCCUCAAAGAACAUGCCAUGCCACUCUUGGAGGCACAGUUGGCAGCAGGUGGAGUUAUUGAUCCAGUAAACAGUCAUCGUAUUCCUGUUGAGAUUGCAAUUCAACGUGGCUAUGUUACCAAACAGCUGGCCAGCAGCAUUGCUGAAAGCAAGUACUUCUCUGACCCUGCAUCUGAUGAGAACAUAUCGUACAAACAGUUGAAAGACAAGUGUAUGGCAGAUCCUGACACAGGUUUAAAUCUACUAAAGCUCUCCAAACCACAGGCCCCAACAGUUGUGGAGAAGACAUACCUUUACAGUGAAGAACAAACACAGAGUGAUCUAUCCACUACCCAGGUUGAUCUACCCAUUGAAGGUCAGGGCUCUAUGUCUCUCUGGGAUGUCAUGAAUUCAAAUCUACUACCUGAGGAGCAGAGGGCACAGCUUCUGGAAGAAUAUCGUUCUGGCAACAUUACAAAGGAACGAAUGAUAAUCAUUAUAAUUGAGAUUCUGGAGCAGAGAGAAAUUAUUAAAGGAGGGAACCUCCAGACGGGCAGCACAAGAAGACGUCAAAUUACUAUUGAGGAUAUCUACAAUGCCCGCAUCAUUGACCUUGAGACCUACAACCUGUUGAAGAAAGAGAAAAAGACUAUGCGUGAUGUCAUGGAGAUGCAAAGUGUUAAGCAGUACUUGUAUGGAACUGGCAGUGUUGCUGGUGUGGUGACUGAUUCAAAUUCCAAAAUCAGCAUUUAUCAGGCAAUGAAGAGAGAGAUGCUGAAGCCAGACAUUGCAAUUGGUCUCCUAGAGGCUCAAGCAGCCACUGGAUUCAUCAUCGAUCCUGCCAGGAAUGAAAUGCUAACCGUAGAUGAAGCAGUGCGCAAAGGUGUGGUGGGCCCAGAAAUUCAUGAUAAGCUCUUGUCUGCAGAGAGAGCAGUCACUGGGUAUAAGGAUCCAUAUAGUGGAAAGGUUGUCUCCCUCUUCCAAGCAAUGAAGAAGGACCUUGUGCCCGAGGACUAUGCCCUAAGGCUACUUGAAGCUCAAACAGCAACAGGUGGUAUUAUUGAUCCAGAAUAUAACUUCCACCUGCCAACAGAGAUUGCCACACAACGUGGAUAUAUUAACAAAGAGACAAAUGAAAAGCUGUCCGAUGAGGUUAAAGGAUAUGUCGAUCCAUUAACGGAUGAAAAGGUUUCAUAUGCUCAGCUUCUGAAAAGAUGCAAGGUUAACAAAGAUGGGCUAUAUCUGUUGUCUCUAGCAGACAGAAGGCUGCUUUUCAAAGGUCUCAGAAAAGAAAUAACAAUAGAAGAGUUAUACCGCUCAAAUAUCAUUGAUGAAAAAACAGUCAGCGAACUUAAUGAGGGGCUACUAACAGUGGAGGAGGUGAGCAUUAGAUUGCGGAAAUAUCUUGAGGGCUCAAGCUGUAUUGCUGGCGUGUUUGUGGAGUCUUCUAAAGACCGUCUAUCUAUCUACCAAGCCAUGAAAAAGAAUAUGAUCAGGCCAGGUACUGCUUUUGAGUUGCUGGAAGCUCAAGCAGCCACAGGUUAUAUCAUUGACCCGAUCAAGAACCUCAAGUUAACAGUUAAUGAAUCAGUUAAGAUGGGAAUUGUCGGCCCAGAAUUCAAAGACAAGCUCCUGUCUGCUGAGAGGGCUGUAACUGGCUAUAGAGAUCCUUAUACAGGCAAAAUGAUCUCACUAUUCCAGGCAAUGAAAAAGGGCCUGAUUUUGAGAGACCAUGGAAUUCGCCUUCUCGAGGCACAGAUUGCUACUGGGGGAAUUAUUGACCCAGAGCAAAGCCACCGCUUGCCAGUCGAAAUUGCCUACAACCGAGGGUUUUUCGAUGAGGAGAUGAACGAGAUCCUCAGUGACCCAUCGGAUGACACCAAGGGCUUCUUUGACCCAAACACAGAAGAGAAUCUUACCUACCUGCAGCUGAUGGAAAGGUGUAUUGUAGACCCAGACACAGGUCUUGUGCUCUUGCUUCUAAAAGAAAAGAAACGCGAGAGACAGACUUCUUCCAAAUCAUCCGUUCGCAAACGCAGAGUUGUCAUUGUAGACCCUGAUUCAGGCAAAGAGAUGUCUGUGUAUGAAGCCUACCGCAAAGGGCUAAUUGACCAUCAGACUUACCUUGAACUUUCAGAGCAAGAGUGUGAAUGGGAAGAAAUCACAAUGACAUCAUCAGAAGGGGUAGAAAAGUCUAUACUAAUUGACCGAAGAUCAGGUCGACAGUAUGACAUUGAUGACGCUAUUGCACGAGGCCUUAUUGACCAGAGUGCAAUCGACCAGUACCGCUCCGGCACCCUUUCUAUCACAGAAUUUGCUGAUAUGUUAUCUGGAAACAUGAGUGGUUUUCGUUCCCGAUCCUCUUCCUUUGGAUCCACCUCCUCUUAUCCAAUGAGCCCAAUACCUUCCAUCAAAACUCCUGCAACUGUAUGGAAUGAUCCAUCUGAGGAGACAGGUCCUGUGGCUGGAAUCCUUGAUACAGAUAGCCUAGAAAAAGUUUCAGUCACUGAAGCCAUGCGUAGGAACUUAGUGGAUUCUAUAACUGGCCAAAGACUGUUGGAGGCACAGGCUUGCACUGGUGGCAUAAUAGACCCAACUACUGGAGAUAAAUUCCCAGUUGCCGAAGCGACAGAGAAGGGUCUUAUAGAUAAGAUAAUGGUUGACAGACUCAACUUAGCCCAGAAAGCUUUCCUUGGAUUUGAGGAUCCUCGCACUAAAGUAAAAAUGUCUGCUGCUCAGGCUCUCAAGAAAGGCUGGCUUUAUUAUGAGGCAGGACAGCGUUUCCUGGAGGUGCAGUAUCUUACCGGUGGCCUUAUUGAGCCAGAGGCUGAGGCACGUAUCUCCUUAGAGGAGGCAAUCAGGAAAGGUUCUAUUGAUGGCCGUACAGCCCAAAAGCUCAGAGAUGUGAGUGGUUACACAAAAUAUCUUACAUGUCCCAAAACUAAACUGAAGAUCUCCUACAAGGAUGCCAUGGACAGAAGCAUGGUUGAAGAGGGAUCUGGCCUUAGACUUCUGGAAGCUUCAUCAACAUCCAGUAAAGGUCUCUACAGUCCCUACAAUGUCAGUGGUGCUGCAUCUGCCUCUGGAUCUCGGUCUGGGUCCAGGACAGGCUCUAGGUCAGGUUCAAGAAGAGGCAGCAUUGAUGCUACUGGCUCUGGAUUCAGCUUGAACUUCUCAUCAUCCUCAUAUACUUCCUCCAGUUACAAUCGCAGAUUUUAAAGCUGGGCCCCCCUUUCAUAUCAAUGAUCACACUACAUUUACAUAAUACACAGAAAUUAAUUAGACAAAAAAAGAAUGACUUUAUUCUACUUUGCAUGUAUUUGGUAUAGGAAAAUGCAUUCCAAAAACUACCAGUAUCUUUUUGUCUGGCAAUGGUUAAGUUCCCAUUUUAUCUAGUUUGGAUGCUUUAAGAACUAUUAAUUACCUGGUUAGCUUUAAUCAUAGUUCAAGUUAUUUCAUUUAGGUAUAUUUCAUUUUAUACAGAUAUAUUAUGUAUUUUGAACGUGGUAUUUUUAUUUUCUUAUUUUAUACUGAAAUACAGCAUCUAAAUUAAGGAAAUGUUAAAAUACUGCAAAUUACUUUCAGCAUUUUGGAGUUUUUUUUAAAUCCAACUCAGAUUAGAUUGUAUUUAAUAUUACUUAUAUUGAGUCUAUAUUUCUACUUAUUGUUUUAGAAAAUUCUUUUAAUACUUCAGUUUAUUUCAGGAUAAUGUACCAGAAAAUAUACCAAGUUUUACAAAAAAGAAAUUAGAUUAACAAAGAGUGUGGUUAUUUUUACAUAUUUGUAUAGAUCUAAUAGACAGAUAUAUUUGAGCAAAUAAAAGUUCCAUUUUGCUUUAUGGAAUGUAAAAAACACUAUACCUAUGCAUAAACACUAAAGGAGAAGCAACCACCUUGUGCAGCAAGCCUAUAUUUAUGUCCCCUAAAACUGGAGUUUUCUGUUAUGAAAGUCCAUUUUUCAUUUACUGGAUCCAGUCCCUCUCCUAAGUCCUUUGCAAAAGAACUCAUUACUCCAGAUACUCAAGGCCCAGAUUCACUGUCAGUCCUCCACUGAUGUGUUAUCCAAUGAAGAUUUCAGAUGUCUCAGGUGUCUGAUCCAUUCCUCACUCAUUACAUCUGGACAGAUCUGGAUGAAAUGUAGUACUUAGAUCAUCAGUUACUAGAUAUGGACUUGAUGAUGCCACACAUUUGGUCUUGGAUCACAAGAUAAAUGAUGCUCAUCAGCCGCCUACAUCCUUAGACAUUCAGAUCCUUACUGAGGGUUUCCUUCUUCCAUUGCAUCCGCCAUUUGCAUGAAGACACUAGAGGCUAGGGCUACCUUGAAGUUUGCCUUGGAUAUCACUGAGAGCUGGACUUUGGAGUUUACACAAAAUAAUUCAAAGCAACAAAAGAAUUGGAUCCAUUAAAUUGAUCUUAAUGUGGACUUUUUUUGUGUAGAAUCUCUGAGUUCUACUGCCUACAUUGUUUCUAGCCGCCAAAAUAUGUUUUUAAAUGAAACACUUGACUUAAUGCAUUAGAUACACUACACAUACCCUUGUGUUGCACUUCUCCAGGACAUUACACAUUUACAUGAUACAGAUACACACAGAUUGCAUGAUUUAUUGAAUGUAUUUAGGCUCAUUUGGUGUAUGGCAAUUUUUUUUUUUUUUUUACGUUUUCUGUGCCAAAAAAUGUUUUGGUCACUUGUUGCCUCCCAUGUAUUUUGUUGCUUGUUUUUAUAUUACUGUACUGUUGUGUCUUUUGAAAGUACUUGACUUUUUUUUCUUUGUUUCUUUCUUUUUUCUUUUCUUUUUUUGUUGUUGUAUAUGUAAAAUAUUUCCGCAUGUUUUACUAACUUGCUAUAAAGUGUUCUAAAAAGAUGAAGAAUAGAAUUUUGAAUUAUUACCAAUAUAUGGAAUAUAUGGAUAUUAGUAAAAGAUGUAUGAAAUACUAACUGGUGGAUGAACUUUUUCCUUAAGAGAUACUGGUAAUAAAAAAUGAGUUUUUAAAAACACAAUACUCAAGUGUAAAUAAAUAUAUUUUGGAAAGUUCA